AUGGGUGCCUCCCUGGGGGAGCUGGUCACCUCGUGGGCCCAGCAGAGUGAGAACACCUUCCACGUGGGCAGGGUGACUGAGGACCUCUCUGCACACCUGUUCCUGGCUCUGUGUCGCCGACAAGCUCCUGAACCUUUCCAUAAGUGGUUUUUGAGAUUCUGUGAGACCUUCAGAAGGGAGGCGAUGGAGCGGGGGAAAUACAGUGCUUGGCUUACCCUGGUGUUUGUGAUGUUUCAGGACUCGGUGGUCUUUGAGGAUGUGGCCAUCGACUUCACCCAGGAAGAAUGGGCCUUGCUGGACGCUCCGCAGCGGGACCUUUAUAGAGAUGUGAUGGUGGACACCUUCAGGCACCUGGACUCAAGAUUCCUUACUGGGGAGAAGCUCGGUAAAGAUGACAGAAAGCCCGUUAGUUGUUCUCCCCUCACUGAGCACGUGAGAGCUCCCGGUAGAGACAAGCCAUAUAAAUGCAAGGAGUGUGGGAAAGCCUUCCGUGACUCCUCCCUCCUCAUGACACACAUGAGGACUCACAGUGGGGAGAAGCCUUAUGUGUGUAACGUGUGUGGGAAAGCCUUCAGCCAGUCCUCAAACCUCACCCGGCACGUGCGGAGUCACAGUAGAGAGAAGCCUUAUGUGUGUAACGUGUGUGGGAAAGCCUUCAGCCAGUCCUCAAACCUCACCCGGCACGUGCGGAGUCACAGUAGAGAGAAGCCUUAUGUGUGUAAAGAAUGUGGGAAAACUUUCCGUGAUUCCUCCCUCCUUACUACACAUACAAGGACGCACAGUGGAGAGAGACCUUAUGUGUGCAAGGAGUGUGGGAAAGCCUUCAGUCAGUCGUCAAACCUCAGUCGCCAUGUGAGAAGUCACAGUGGAGAGAGGCCUUAUAAAUGUAUGGAAUGUGGGAAAGCCUUCAGCCUGUCUUCAACCCUCUCUGACCAUGUGAGAAUCCAUAGUGGAGAGAGGCCUUACGCAUGCAAGGAAUGUGGGGAAGCCUUUAAGUAUUCGUCAUACCUCACUAGACAUAAGAGGACUCGCAGUGUGGAGAGGUCUUAUGUGUGUAAGGAAUGUGGGAAAGCUUUCAGUCAGUCUUCAAACCUCACUAGACACAUGAGAAGUCACAGUGGAGAGAGGCCUUAUGAAUGUAUGGAAUGUGGGAAAGCCUUUAGUCUGUCUUCGACUCUCUCAGACCAUAUCAGAACUCACAGUGGGGAGAGGCCUUAUGUGUGCAAGGAAUGUGGGAAAGCCUUCAGGUAUUCUUCCUACCUCCCUAGACACAUGAGAAUUCACAGUGGAGAGAGGCCUUACGUAUGUCAGGAGUGUGGGAAAACCUUUAGUCUGUCCUCAACCCUCUCUGACCAUAUCAGAAGCCACAGUGGGGAACGGCCUUAUGUGUGUAAGGAAUGUGGGAAAGCCUUUAGUCGGUCCUCAAACCUCACCAGACACAAAAAGAGUCACAGUGCAGAGAGGCCGUAUGAGUGCAAGGAGUGUGAGAAUGCCAGUGUGCCCUCAGCCCUCUCUGACCAUAUAAAGACAUACAGUGGACAGAGGUCCUCUGAGUGUAAGACGUGUGGGAAUGCCUCCACUCAGUCCUCUGUCCUCACCGCAUGUGUCACAACGCACAUUGAGACAGGCUUUUUGAGUUUAAAGAACAUGGGAGAGCUUUUAGGUGUUUCUCACAGCUCACUCAAGAUAAAUGAACCCACACUGGAGAAAGACCUCGUGACGCAGCAACUUUUCCACAAAUGGCCAAAUAAACACCGCAUAGCAGAGACUCGAGACACCGCCUUUGGGGUUAAAGCCAGAGGACACAAGGUCAGCGGAGGAGAGCGCCCAGGACAGGAGGGAGGGCGCGGAACCGGGGCGCGAACCGGCGGACGAACCGGUGGGGGAACCGGGGCGCGAACCGGCGGAGAAGACGGAGCGAGAAACGGAGUGGAAAGAGGCACAAGAACCGGGUGCAUCGGGCACAGCCGACCCUUCCGGCGCCACGGGAGCCGGAAGCGGAAGUGCGAGCCGGCGGUCGCGGGUCACAUUUCCUGGCGCUCUUGGUUCCGCGGCAGACGAGUUCCGCCCUGUCCACCCAGGCGGUCCGCGGGGAGGGUCGUCCGCUGUCUGAGGCUUGUUCUCCGGCCCUGCUCAGCCCCGGUCUCUCGCCGGCCCCGGGUACCGGCCAGACCGCCUGCGUCCGCGGCCGCUGACCCUUCAACAUCCAGCUCGCUGAGCGCGCGAGCGGUCCUGUGUCCGGCCGCUGACCGGGAGGCCCCCGUGCAGUCGGUGCCGUCUGCGGACCCGGGGAGGCGGGGAGAGUCGGGGUUUCGCGGACCCCGCGCCCCGGGCGGGAAGGUGAGCUCGUGCCCCGGCCUCUCCCGAGCUGUCCUUGUCGGUGUCCGUGUCCCGUCCAGUCGGAACCGACCCGUGUCCGGCCCGCCAGCGGGUUGUCAGCGGCCGUAA